GUUCCCACAAUGAGUGAAAGCUGUAUCACGACAGGACUGAGUCUAAUUAUACACCCACAGAGAGAGGGAGAAAGAGGAGGGGGUCACAAAGGGCGAGCUGAAGUGUGUGUGUGUGUGUGAGAGAGAGAGAGAGAGAGAGAGCGCUCACAGUGGGCGAGACAGAAAAAUACAGAAGAUACAGCAAAAGAGUGACUAGGUGAGGACAAGAUAAGGAAAAAGACAGUUUACAGCAUCAUGCUGGAUAUCCCCGUCUGCUGUGCCACUGCUGCUUUCCCAUGAUCCCUCAGUGUAUUCCUCACCAUAAAAAGACACCCAAAGAGGUGAGUGGGAGUUCUGGCCGUGGCCGUGAGUGACACGUUGUGUGCGUGAUGCUGAUCAGCAGGAGAAAACUGAUCUCUCCUAGCCCCUUGUUUUCCCCAGCCCAUGUAACCUAGUGUGGCCCAGAAGGCCCGGGGGAUUGUCACAUGAAUCCAAGCCCAGACCGCAGCAAGGAGUGUCUCCCCCCAAAAAAGCGGGAGUCCCGACAGGGCUCGUCAGAUCAACCGGCUCCGGAGGAUGACUUCAAACCCCCUGCCCCUUUCCGAAGCCGACGGCAGCAUCACUCCACCGAGGGUCACAGAGAGAGUGGGGAUCUUCUACCGCCCGCUCCCCCCAUGCUGCCCCCUUAUUCUCUGUCGUUGCCUUGGCACGUGUCCUACACCCCUGGCAUGCAUCACUCGUACCUGCCGGUCCAGGUGGGAGAGCGGCGAGGGUCAUCUUCGGCACCCUGGAGAGAAACGUUGUGUGGACGGGGUAUGGAUGGGGGACUGGAGCAUACCAUUCCCCACCACUCUCGCUGGCUGAGCAGUGACAACCCCCCCAUCAGUGUGCAACCACUCAUCUCUAUGCCCACGUUCAAAAGCGUCUACACAGCCGAGUCCAGGGAAAUGUGGUCCUACGGCCCCAGUCGGCGAGACUACAGCUCGUCUCUCUUCUCCCCCAAUCUCUUUCCACAGCCUACGGCGUAUCCCCACGACCCCCUCCCUGACAGCAGACUCAGGUACCAAGGCAGACGGCCCAAUGGUGUUGAUAGCCCAGACAGCAGGCCUAGCAGGAGAGUGCCCUCUUGCGAUGACUGUGGGAACGACAAUGCGAGCAGGUUGGAUGGUACACAUGCCAAUGGCAGGAGAAGACAGGACAAUACAACAAGACAGACCCUUCUGCCACGAGAGAACACAACUGCACAUUCCUCAUGGGACAGGGACAGCCGGGGAACACCCAAAGCUCCAAUGCCCCCCUCGUCAGACGCAAAGACAGGAAAGACCGUCACUUCUCAGGACCAUUUUGGUGUUAGUGCCUCUCAGGCUGGAGCUCAGAUUUAUUAUGCUCUGGGGUCCCUUUGCCCUUCUGCUCACCAGAACCCUCAAGCAUAUCCACAACUGAGUCCUUCUGUGUCCUGUUCCCCAAGGAAUUCUCAGUACUCCCUGCAAAGCCACCAGAACAGCCAUGGGAUGGAGACAGAAUGGGACGCCUCUGCAGGGUCCUACCGCCCUCCCGUCGCUGUGCUCACUGGCCCUGACCCGCCCCCUUCUGCGGUCCUACCUCAUUUUGCCAAAGGUUCACUGAUCGAGCUGGCUGGUGGCCAUCUGAAGAGGGUGGAGGAGCUGAAGACGGAGGACUUCUUACGCAGUGCUGACACCUUGCCUGAGUUUCACCUGAGCACCUGCACUAUUCUGCUGAUCUCGCCAGGACCCACGUACGGCUUCAACCACUUGCAGGUCUUACUCACAGACCGCAACACUCAGGAGCUCCUCACAGUGUUAGCGGAGUAUCCGUUCUUCGUGCGGGAGCGCGGCUGGUCUUCCUGCAGUCCCCAGCGGAGCGCGCAGCUGUACGGGCUGCAGUGCCGCCAGCUCAGCGCCGGGGACGUGUGUCUGGCUCUGACUCCCACACCCGCUCCGGAGAUGCCCCCGCCCCGCGCGCCCGUCCCAGCGCCACCGCCGCAGCCUUCAGAGCCACCGCGCACACGCAAGAGACGCUGGUCCGCACCCGACCUGCCGCCUGGAAGCAAGACUAGCACCCAUUUACCUCAAGGCUCGAAGCUCGAGAGACGGCAUCCAGCAGGCGAGCUGAAUGAGCUCCUCACAGUGUUAGCGGAGUAUCCGUUCUUCGUGCGGGAGCGCGGCUGGUCUUCCUGCAGUCCCCAGCGGAGCGCGCAGCUGUACGGGCUGCAGUGCCGCCAGCUCAGCGCCGGGGACGUGUGUCUGGCUCUGACUCCCACACCCGCUCCGGAGAUGCCCCCGCCCCGCGCGCCCGUCCCAGCGCCGCCGCUGCAGCCUUCAGAGCCACCGCGCACACGCAAGAGACGCUGGUCCGCACCCGACCUGCCGCCCGGAAGCAAGACUAGCACCCAUUUACCUCAAGGCUCGAAGCUCGAGAGACGGCAGUGAUGUUUCCAGGCGACUUCACUCCGCGGGAAGGUUUAGCAAAUGAUCAACAGCUAGUAACAGCUAGUAAAUCGUCCUCUCUUAUUAAACGUGAUUUCAGAAUGUAGAACAACAUAUGCUAGCCAAUCCCAAAAUGCACAAUGAGACAAUCAAACAAUCACUUACUUGUGAUGCCACGCACCUUUUAGUCAUGCUAAUCUCAAGCCUCUUUCUGCAGGGUAUGUUGUUUCCGUCAGUAUUAUAACAAACCAAUGCUACGGGAUGGAAAAAAAGACAAAGUACACAAUUAUAUGAGAAUAUAUCAUCACAAGUGUUCUGUGAAAUAGUCUACUGUUAUUUUGGUAAUGCAGUCUUGUUUGAUGCUUAUGAACUGCGUUUGUACCUUCAGUCCAGCAGGCGAGCUGAAUGUGAGUCAGUGUGGGGUCAGUAUGCUAGUUCACUUUAGCAUUACACAGUCCAGCCUGUUCUUACCCAGGGAAGAGACACUAAUGAUGGACUGCAACCAAACUCACACACGACCCUGGGCCGAUGGUGCUAACGACACAGCAGAAAAGGCCUGUGGGGAUUUGUGGGGGAAAUCUAGUGUUUUGAACUCAGAUACGGGUAUAUCUACUCUUGAUUAAGCACACUCUAUCACUUUAUUUUUCUCUGAUUUAUUGUUGUUGUGGUUUCUCGAAUAAUGUUUGCUGUUAGAUUUUUUUCUUUGUAAAUGUUCUAAAUGCUCUAAAAUUGUAUAUUUUUAAAGUUGUGAGACUGUAAUACAAUGUUGGCUAGAAAUAAAAGAACAGCUUUCUAGAUUUA